AGGAGGCGUGGGAGCCGCGGGGACGGGCUGUGCUUUGGCCGCUACAGAAUUUAUAGGGCACCCGGAAGGUUCACGGAGCCAUCUCCGAGCAGAACGAGAGGGACCUCUACCAUACCCCGGCCUUCCGGGACUCCUGUCCAGGACCGAGGGCGUCAGGCGCUGGCGCAGGUGUCCGUCGGCACGCAGGGAGCCUCUCGCCGCUGCUGUUGAGCGGCAGGCCUGCGUCCCUCCCGGUAGUUACUGGACCACUGGCGAUGGCCUCCGCGGGGGUCGCCCGGCUUCUGCAAGCUUCCUCUGAGGCCCUCAGCCGCUCAGUCCGUGGAUGGCUGUUCCUCGCCGGAGCCCGAGCGGGAGCCGGCGGCUUUCCGGGAAGCUGGGGGCCGGGCUGGAGCGCCGAGCCCCGCCGGGCGGCGACUCGGCCGUUGAGCAUGUCGGCACCCGUGCUUUGCAGCUCAGAAGAUAAAAUAACAGUCCACUUUUUAAACCGUGAUGGUGAAAUAUUAACAACCAAAGGAAAAGUCGGUGACUCUCUGCUAGAUGUUGUGGUUGAAAAUAAUCUAGAUAUUGAUGGUUUUGGUGCAUGUGAGGGAACCUUGGCUUGUUCUACCUGUCACCUCAUCUUUGAAAAACACAUAUAUGAGAAAUUAGACGCAAUCACUGAUGAGGAGAAUGACAUGCUUGAUCUGGCGUACGGGCUAACAGAUAGGUCACGGUUGGGCUGCCAAGUCUGUUUGACAAAGUCUAUGGACAAAAUGACUGUUCAAGUGCCUGAUGCCAUGGCUGAUGCCCGACAGUCCGUGGACAUGGGCAAGAACUCCUAGGAUAGAACAAAUAGGAAUAUUUUAUAAAACUUUACCUAUUUUUAUAAUUAUUACUUAAUACAAUUAAAUGAGAGCAUGGAUGAAUGGGUUUAUUAUUAUGACCAGCUUUACUACUUUAAUUCACCUUGUAUAACUACUAAAUUUUGUAGUUCAAAAGUAUGCACUCUUUAUUUAGGUUAAAUUAUAAAAAGGAAAUCAUAUAUCAGAAAGUAGUAUGAUAAAAUGUUAUCUGUUUUACCUUACGUUUGUUUAGCAACAUUAGCAAAACAUUGUCAUGUAAAUCCUAUGCCUACUUGCCUAUAAAGUAGGUUUGAAAAGGUAUUACCCCUGUUAGAUGUGGGUGAAGGCAGAGAUCUAGAAUGGCUUGUGGGGCCUUACAGUGAAUUAGCAAGUCUGUGCUACAAUUCACAUCUUAUUACUACAAAUCAGAUGUUCAGAUUAAAACUGGAGAAAUUGUGAAUAUCUUAUUUAUAGUAGUAAUUAAGUGUGAAUGUGUAUGGAAAAAAACUAUUGCUUUGUGAACUGAUCAAUUUCAAAGACCGCUGUAACCUUAUACAUAAAUAUUUCAAAAUUUUGAUUCAGUGAAAAGUGUAAGUCUGAGCACAGGCAAUAUAACAGAAGAACUGGAGAAAUACAAAAUUAGGUGCCUAUUCUUUUCUAUCCUAAGUAGAAUGGACUGUCUUUGUAAUAUUUUAAAAAAUAACACUGAUGUAUAAAUCUUUGCUUGUAACAGAAUAGAGAAUUUGUGGAUUAGGUUUUCUCUGUCCUGAGUUGCACAAGGAAAUGAGCAAGCUUCUACACUGCACAGCCCAAAUGGAGCUGCCCAGGGUGGGGUGAGCUCAGCAGCAUGCACAGUCCCGAGGAAGAGGGGGGAUGGCUUGAUCACCACAGAUGACCAGUUUUGCAUGACAGACAUUUGUAACUUUAUCUUUACUAUGAGUACACUGGUAGAUGAUAAUAAAGCGGUAUGCAGUAUGCUCUUGGAAAUACAAUAUAACAUCAGCUAGCUUAGACUAAUUGUGGGGAAGGAAAAUAAAUGAAAGACAAUAGUAAACUAUAAGACCUUUGAGUUACCUUCAGGUCCAUCCAUGCAGUUUGAUCAUUUGCACAAAUAUUUAAGAACAAUAUUUGACCUACAACAUUAUGUUCUGUCCAUUGAGGAAUACGGAGAUGAACAUGAAAGGAUACCCUCAGGGAGCUCACCUUUAAUUAAGAAAAAAUAAAAUAUUUGUGUGCAAAAAUAAUUUGCUUGAACCAAGUUGACUGAUUUGCCAAAUAGAAUAUGUUAAAACUAAUUAAUGUGUAAAAAGUAGUUAGGAAAAAUUUAAGGUUUCCAAUGUUCAUUUGACAUUUUGUAACUAUCGAGUGCCUUCUAUGUGGAGAGGGCUAUAUAUUAAAGUACUUAUUUUAGUUCUCUUUAUUAGCUUCAGUAUUCUCCUUGUCUUCUUCUGUGGAUUACCUAAACUUACCUUUCCAGAACUUUCAUGAUGACAUUCAGCCUAAACUUUCUAAAAUUUAGAUUCUAAUUUCCUCAGAUUUCAAAUUAGGAAAGUUUAUAUUAAGGAAGUUUAAUUGUAUUAUUUAAAUAAAAUCUACCAAACAUUAAAUAUCCUAAA